UGGUUUCACCGACACGGCCCGCGCUGGUCGAGCCUAAGAGUUUUUUUUUUCGUUUCUUUUUUAAUUUCUUUCAUAAUAGCAAGCGGUAGAAUGGCGACGGUCGGCAUGAAACUGAAGACAAGAUUUACAGAGCUCAUGGGAGUCGAGUAUCCCCUGAUGCAAGGCUAUGGGGAUGUGAAUCUCAGGUGGGAAAUCUUAAAAUCACAAAUGUAAUUGUAAAGUCGAUUGAAAAGCAAAAGAAAUUCUGAACAAUCUGGGUCUCGUCGGGCCACUAUUUGUAUUUCUCUGGUGCAAGAAGACGUGCAUUCAAUUUCAUCGCGUCGUGUAUUUUACGCAUUUACAUUUUGCAAAUUAUUAUGGUCUCCCACCUGACACAGACACUUCCAUACAGGCGGAAUGCAUUACGUCGGUUAUGCCGAGUUGGCGGCAGCAGUAUCCGAGGCCGGAGGACUGGGUACCAUUACCGCUUUGACACAACGUAUGGGACUUGUGAGAAGUUCGGCAUUCUCAAAACGAAAAUGAGUAGUUUGUAUAGUAUGAAACAGAAACGAGACUACAUAGAAGUGAAGCUGUCUUGCAAAGUAAGCAGAUUGUAGCCCUGAUUGGAGCCACCGACAAGAAAGGUGCGGCUGUUGAUUGCCAAUAACCGGAGCGUCGCCGCACUUCGUACUGCCUUGCUCCAAACUGCGCGACUAUAAAGUUGGCCGAGAGAUCCGGAAGAUGUGUCACGCGCCGCGUAGAAAUUGCGUGCCCAAUGCACUGCUGUCGAUUUGAAAAAAACCCGAGACCCCAAACCCGAAACCCUUCUACCGUCUUCUCUUUUGUAUGCAAUAAUAAAGUUGAGAAGUUUCGUAGAGAUCUUCAUCUUUCCAAUCGUUUGCUCGUUUUGGCCAAACGCAGGCUUUUAAGUUCUGGCACGUUAGCCAAAUGCAUUUCCAUUUUCAUUUUGUCGAUUUUCAUCCUGGCGUUUCCAUACCGCCGAACCCGGAGGCAUUACGGCAGGAAAUACGAAAGGCGAAAGGCCUGACGAAAAAGCCUCUUGCGGUAAACCUGACGCUGCUUCCCAUGCUGACGCCUCCCAAUUACGACGAAUACGCGCAGGUAGUGCUCGACGAGGGAAUCAAGAUCAUUGAGACCGCGGGUCGGAACCCCGAAAAAUUUAUCAAGUUGUUCAAAAAACACGGCUGCGUGGUCAUACACAAGUGCGUUGCCAUCAAGCAUGCCGAGACGGCGGCGCGCAUGGGCUAUGAAUUGCAUACAACUUCUUACACCAAAAGCUACUCAUAAAGCCGAUGAUCGCAGGAGGGAUUCAGGUGUCGGCGCUAGUAAUCAUCAACAUAAGCAGAAAAAGCCGUCGUCGUGGCAAACAGAUCUAAAUUGUAGGAGUGGCUCUCCUUCCCCGAGCCUGUAUGCGUGUUGGCAUGGAGCUAGAAGUUUAAUGCACACUAAAAAGAUACAAUUACAGAAAUUCAUGAACGUUUCGUGACGUAGGUCACUCAACAUCACCGGCUUCGUAAACAUAAAAAUGAGAUAUGUAAUGUAAAUAAAGUGCAAUUAUAAUGAUACGUAGCAGCGGUGGUGCCGGUGCCGACACCUAGGACACACAUGACACAUGAAGAUCGUGCCUUCAUCUGUAGUUCGUCCCUAUGCCUAUCUACUACUUCGCAAUAAUUGCCCUAGAAGUAUGGAUGGUGUUUUGUAAUUCUAAUUUCCAUAAUUAAGCCGAUAUGAUUAGUAUGGAUGGUUACGAGUGUGGGGGCCAUCCAGGAGAAAACGACGUAACCAACUGGGUUUUGUUUGCAAAGGCGGCGAAGAAAUUGCGCAUUCCUUAUAUCGCCUCUGGCGCGUGUGCAGACGGACGGCAGCUGGCGGCCGCGUUGGCCCUCGGAUGCGAGGGAAUGAAUAUGGGAACCAGGUGGAUGGCGACAAAGGAGGCGCCCAUUAAGGACGGGAUCAAGCAAGCACUGUGCGCGGCAAACGAGUACGAUACGACUCUGGUCUUUACGACGCUCUCGAAUACCGAGCGAGUGUACAAGAAUGCGUGCGCGGAGGAGGUACGUGCUCGGGAACGGAAGGACCCCGGAAACUUCGCCGCGAUCGCAGACCUUGUGAAGGGGGCCAAGUACCGCAUUUCCUUCCAGGAGACCGGGAACGCCGACGACAGCGUUUGGAGCUGUGGGCAGAGCAUUGGCCUCAUCGACGACGUCCCCACCUGCAAGGAACUGGUCCAACGAAUUUGCACGGAAGCCGUGGAUGUUCUGCACGCGACUCAUACGAAUAAGUUGGUAUGGAACUGUCAGGAUUGAAAUCGUCAAAGUUGAAAUAGUUUGCCAUGCAUAAAACGGAUACCAGUUACGCCUAUAGUUUGUAGUCGGUGCAUGGCAAAUUUUCCCGGUCCUGGAAGCGAGUCUGUCAUGCGGUUUAGGGCAAAAGAGCUGCCUUCUGUCAUGCUAGAUAGCAGCCCAACUCUUGACCCUUGCCAGGACUAUAAUCUGCCUCCCUUGGGUCCUCUGCAAUAGAGUCACUUUUUGUAUUGCAUUUUAUGCAUGACAAAUUAUUUCAACUUUGACGAUUUCAACAAACCUGACGCUUCCAUAGUUGGUCGCGAAGCUGUAGUCUGUUCAACAUCAAGCAACAGAAUCAAAUACAGAGGACAAGGUAAAAAGAAGCAGAAGUGGACGACUUUUUUAAAACUACACGAGAGAAGUAUGUAAUGUCUUUGCAGCUCGUGUGGAUUUUAUUGUUGUAUUUUGGUUCUUAUGUAAACCUGAAGCGAACUACCGAACCGCCUUAAUUUACAGCAACGCGCCAGCAGGGGCUGAAACGAGUGCGAGUGGCGUAAUACCUUUACGUGCUGACAAAGCAAAGUGA